AUGGGAGAGUACGAGCCCAAAAUCGAGGUGCAGUUUCCUGAGGUGGUACAUGUUGCCAAAGGAUCCACGGUGAAGUUAGAAUGUUUUGCCCUGGGAAACCCUGUACCGUCAAUCACUUGGAGGAAGGCAGAUGGAGUGCCCUUCCCCAGAAAAGUGGACAUGAGGAAGGCCAGUGGAGUCCUGGAAAUCCCUUACUUCCAGCUGGAGGACGCGGGCACGUACGAGUGUGUGGCCGAGAACUCCCGCGGCAUGAACACUGUCAAAGGGAAACUCUUCUUCUACGCUCCUCCUCAUUUGACAGAGAAGCCGCAGGACGUGCAGAAGCUCAUCGAUGACUCUCUGGUGUGGGAGUGUAAAGCCACAGCGAAACCCAAACCCUCUUACCGCUGGAUGAAGAACGGAGAGAACCUGGAGCCCACUGAGGAGCGCGUUCAGGUUGUCAACGGGGCACUGUCCAUCAGCCGCCUGACCCUCUCCGAUACCGGGAUGUACCAGUGUGUGGCCGGCAACAAGCACGGAGAGGUGUACUCCAAUGCUGAGCUCCGGGUUAUCGCUGUGGCUCCAGACUUCUCCCACAGUCAGUUGAAGAGCCAGACCCUGGUGAAGGUGGGUGGUGAUGUUCUCAUCGAGUGCAACCCCAAGAUGUCGCCCUGGGGUGUCAUCUCCUGGCGCAAGGGCACUGAACCUCUGCGAGAGACCAGCAGGGUGAACAUUUUAGAGAGCGGAAACCUACGCAUCUGGAAUGCAACCAAGUCGGACUCGGGCACGUACACAUGUGUGGCGAGGAACCAGUUCGGCGUGGCCAGCAGCACGGGCAGCCUCACCGUCAAAGAGCCGACCAUCAUCACGUCUCAGCCCAACACCCUGGAUGUGAAUGUGGGUGAGAGCGUGGUGCUGCCCUGCCAGGUGAACCACGACCCCUCCCUGGAGCUCAAGUUCACCUGGUUCUUCAACGAACAGCUCAUCCACUUCGGCAACCAUGGAGGGUUCUUCGAGAAAGUGGGCGGACAGCAUUCAGCAGGAGACAUUAUGAUCCGGAACAUUCAGCUGAGGCAUGCUGGGAAAUACACAUGUGCCGUGCAAACGAAGGUGGACAGCAUCUCCAUCGCUGUGGAUCUAGUUGUCAGAGGUCCCCCGAGCCCCCCCACCAGCAUCAACGUUGAAGAAAUCACUGACACCACGGCGUCUCUGUCCUGGAGGCCUGGUCCUGAUAAUCACAGCCCAAUUACCGCAUACACCAUCCAGGCCCGGACACCCUUCUCCCUGGGGUGGCAGGCUGUCACCACAGUUCCCGAGGCGGUGGGGGGCCAUCGGCUGACAGCCACCGUAAUAGACCUGAGCCCAUGGGUAGAGUAUGAGUUUCGGGUCUUGGCCAGCAAUGGUAUUGGGACCGGCGAGCCAAGCAAACCCUCCAAACAAGCCCGGACAAAAGGCACCUCCCCCAAGGUGACCCCAGCCAACGUGAGCGGAGGAGGAGGCAGUCGCUCAGAGCUCGUCAUCACAUGGGAGCCUGUUCCAGAGGAACUGCAAAAUGGCCCAGGGUUUGGGUACGUGGUGGCAUUCCGUCCCAAUGGCGCCCCCGGCUGGAUGCAGGCGGCAGUGCCAUCAGCAGAGGCCUCCAGAUAUGUGUUCAAGAACGAGAGCAUCCUGCCAUUCUCCCCGUUCCAGGUGAAGAUGGGAGUCUACAACAACGAGGGAGAGGGCCCCUUUGGACCAGUCAUUACUAUUUACUCCGCAGAGGAAGAGCCUGGCCGGGCGCCCACCAGGGUCCGUGCCAGGAGCCUGUCUGCCUCCGAGGUGGAAGUCCUGUGGAAGGCCCUGCCCUGGAACGCCAGUAAGAAGAGAGUAUUGGGCUACGAGGUGAUCCUGGAAACAAACAAACUGUUUUUUAAGCUCAAGUACUGGAUCAAAGGUGAAAAGGAGGACGCUGCCAAUGUGCAAAGGACUGUGGGUAACCAGACGUACACGGUGAUCCGAGGACUCAAAGGCAGCGCUACAUACUCCAUCACCGUCAGAGCCUACAACACGGCGGGGACAGGACCCGCCAGCUCCACUGUCAACGUCACCACCAAGAAACCACCUCCCAGCCAGCCUCCCGUCAAAGUGAUGUGGAACACGUCCAACUCAAAGAUCGUUGUGAACUGGGAGCAGGUGAAGGCCCUGGAGAAUGAGUCAGAAGUGACGGGAUACAAGGUGUUCUACAAGAAGAACCGGCACAGCAGCCCUCACAUCAUGGAGACCAACACCACAUCGGUGGAGCUGGCGCUGCCCACAGACGAAGACUACAUCAUUCAGAUCAAGCCGUUUGGAGAAGGAGGCGAAGGCAGCAGCACGCGGCAGAUCACCAUCCCCAGAGUCCCAGGCCCCAACGCAGUGGGCUCAGCAUCGAAGGUCUCCACACUGUCGGCGCUCAGCACAAUAGCACUGUCGCUCACAGCACGGACAUCUUUAUGA